AUGGCCCCUCGCGGGAGAUGCCCGCCGCCAGCGAGGGAGGAGGGUGGGCGCAAGGAACCGCGGGAGCGAAGCGGCAAAGGCGCGCCAGGCGCGGCGCGGGAGUGAGGGCGCGCCAAGUGGGCUUACGCGACCAAAACCCCCAAGCGGGCUGAGGCCCUGACGCCACAGGGACUAGCGGCCAUGCCCUGCGCGAAGCGUCACGCCAUCUGCUCUUCCGGCGACCUGCUGGACGACGUGAGCGCGGCAGCCUCCACCUUCCCGUGCAGGUCGGUGGAGCCGGGGUACCGCAUGCCCGACCCGCGCACCUGGACGCAGUCGCUCGAGCUGCCCGCCGAGAGCCCAGAACCCCGGCUCCUCGGCGUACUCAAGGCAGCGGAGGCCGGCCCGGGCGUCCGCGCCCUGCGGCUGCGCUACACCCGCAUGCGGGCCGAGGAGAUCGCGCUGCAUCAGCGGCAGAAGUCCGCGCGCGCCGCCAUCCGGCUGGAGCUGUUCCUGCCGCCGCAGCUGAAGCCCACGCGGAUCCCGGACCCCCUGGACCGCCAAGAGGUGCCGACAAGCCCCGGUAACGGAAGGAGAGGGCCCCGCCACGCCUCCGCACUCGCCUGGCCCCAACCUCUCUCCCGGCAGCGGGUAGCGUGGGACCAUCCUGGAGAACGUGGAUGGCAGCAUCUUCCCUCGGUGACGGCGACCCAGAGUGUGCGACGCGCCCCAGCCUCCACAUAG